AUGAAAAAAAUAAAUUGUUUUAUUUUUAUAUUUUUAAUAAUAAAUUUUAAAUUUAUAUAUGUUUUAUCAGAAGAACAGCCACUACAAGCUCCAAUAUUAAAAGCUGAUCCAACAAAAUCACCAGAGAAGAAAUCUGAUGAAGGUAGUAGUAAUAGUUAUUUAGAGAGUAUUUUAAAACUUGAUGAAAAAGAAAAUAAAAUUGAAGAACAAGAAACAACAACAAUAUCACCAUCAUUAGUAAAUUUAAAAACCGAAGAUAUUUAUUUUAAUAUUGAUUGGAAAUGUAAUACUCAAGACAUUUUCAUAAAUGAUAUGGGUUAUUAUGAUAUUGCUUCAAUUUUAAAUCCAAAACGUAAUUGUCAUGCUUUUAAAACUCCAUGUGAUGAGAUUGUCUCAUUGAAUAUAACAGAUUGUAAUGGAAGUCAACCAUUCAAUAGUUCAUGUAGAUUCGUUUUAAAUUAUUAUAGAGAUACAAUCAGUUGUGAUAAUAUUCCAGUUUUAGUGACUGAUUUCAAUUGUGAAUCAUUUGGUAAACAUCAUGAUCUUGGUGCAAUUGAUGUAAUUUGUAAAAGAUUCGAACGGGAAACUGCUGAUCCAAUAAAAUCAUCUUCAACUUUUUUUCUCAAAUUGCAAGGCAGUUUGUCGGAAUUUUUUAAAUUAUUAUAUUUUUAUAUAAAUGGAAUAUGUUGUUAA